AUGUCCCACUCAGGUAUCAGAGUCAACAACCAAACUGAAAAAGUAAUUCGUGUUCGAUUGUCCCACGUUGGACCCUUGUAUGAAGCCAUCAUUCAAACAGGACAAUCCUUUCAUUUUGAUGGCAUUGGCAAUGUUUUCUUUACUGUUUCUGUAGAAGAAUGCUUGGAUGAAACUAAAACACUAAGAACCAGUGAAAUUGCCCUCCCAAUUGUUGCAACAGUAUUGGGCAGUGUGGGUGGAACUGCAGUUGUAAUUGCUGGAUUAGCUGUGCUUGGAAGUCUUGCAUUGCCUCUUCUUGGAGUUGGUGCAGGAAGUGGUAUUACUGUUGGAAGUGGUGUUGUGGUUGGGUCAACUGUGAGUGGUACUGGAAUAAUUGCUGGCUCUUCUGGUGUUGGUAGUGGUGUUGGUAUUGGUACAGGACUUGCUGCCUCAACAGGACUUGGAAUUGGUAGUGGUGUUGCUGUUACCAAAGGAAUUGGAUUGGGAACAGCUGUGGUAACAACUACUUCUGUCACUGCUGCUACUGGAGCUUCUGUUGCUAUUACAAGUGGUUUGACGUCUGCUGUUAGUGUAGUGGCUGGAGUUUUUGGUAAGAUAAAACAAAUACAACCAGUAAAUGACCAAAUUGAACGUAUUGGGAAGGAAAAGAAGUACUCUGUACGCUCAAAUGGAACAGAUAUUAAUGUUGGAGAAUUGAAUGGACGGUUUACAAUCACAAAGCUAUAG